UGUCAAAAAAGUUCGAUUUUUGUUGUGUUUCGCACUGCAGAUAAAUAUUUCUCAGAAUAAAAAUUGACCCGUGCAGUUGUGUGAUAAUCUUUAAAACGCUAAAACUAACAUAUUUCCUAUGAUACAAACAAUUCACAAUGGAGUUCUUGGUACUUUUCCUGUGUGGUGUUGUCGUGAACUUGCCUACUGCUUAUUCUCAACAAAAAGAUGAAAUAAUAUUUAAUUACAACAAUACAUAUAAGUACAAUGUUCCCUACACGGUGUAUGUUAACAAACAGACGGAGUACAUCAUGGAAUUUGGGGGGGACGUCGACAGUCCACGCUACGAUACUCCCGCACGGGUGACAGUGGCGAGCGAUUUCGCCAACCGAACAUACCCACUGUUCAUCACCGCUCGUCAGCAGAAAGGCGUGUUCUCCUGGCAACUCCCAAUGCUAGUCCAGACCCCGGUCAGCCUGGAGCAGUUCACGAACAUAUCCCGGACGCUGUGCCCUCACAACAACCCCUACUCUGAGGACGAGGAGUCGUGCGAUGUAUCAUCUUUGAACAAUCCAAUCGUACACCUGACAUCUUCAUCACCAGACGAUAUAAAAGUCACGAUUGUAGUCGAAAAAGUGGUGGACUUCUUCAUACCUUUAAACUCAGAGACGAAUUUGACAAGCACGCCCAGUCAGCCUAAAUACUACUUCUACCCUUUCAAGCAAGGCCCCAAUGACAUGAUGGAUCUGUCAACGCAAAACGUCAAAAAGAAGCACAUGUGUCACGAGGAAUUGAAUGAUAAGGAACAGAGUCAGUUGAACUCGUAUUUUUUGAGGAGUAGCUUCCUGAAGGAUGAGGAUGGAUGGAUGUCCAGGCCGAAAAGUGUGAUCGUUAUGAUUGAGUCGGAUGAUGACAUAUGCGCGGUGGUGUCAAUACAGAAUUACUCGUGUCCAGUAUUUGACAACGAAAGAGACAUUUUAUACGAUGGCUAUUAUCUAACAAUGACUCGACGAGGGGGCAUCACUCUGACGCAAGACACAUUCCCCAAGGGUUUCUACAUAGUGUUCAUAGUCAAGACCUCAGACGACGACUGCACGGACCGAGCCGCCAACAGCUCGCUCCCCAAGAUGGCGCAUUAUUUGGGCUGGGGGGGAGAAAGCGUGGUCUAUGUACCUACCAACGACGGAAGAGUCAAGCAAUUCAGUUUCAAAAUAAUCGAGACGAUCUCCUACCAAGAGUACUUGAUAGCAGCGGGCGCGGCGCUGGCAUUUUUCUUAUCAUUCUACGUGGCUUUCAUCAUCGUCAUCAUCUGUCAGAGGCGAAAGAUUUUAGGGAGCACUGCGACCAUUGACAGCGCGAAUACUGAAGGUGCAAUUGAGAGCUACUCGUGCCAAGAGUACUUGAUAGCAGCGGGCGCGGCUUUGGCCUUCUUCUUAUCAUUCUACGUGGCUUUCAUCAUCGUCAUCAUCUGCCAGAGGCGACAGAUUUUAGGGAGCACUGCGACGAUCGACAGCGCGAAUACUGAAGAAGGCCGCCUCACACCCGACGCCAUCGGUCGCAGCGCCCCCGUAGCGGUGACAGAUGCAAGCGGCUCUGGCGAGAGCUCGACGCGACGGCGACGCGUCGGCGACGGAGACGGAAACCUGUCUUCGCAGCGGACCGCGGAUUGCAGUUCGUCGUCUGACACCGAGUCGGACUUCUCUACGCUCGACGACGCCAACACAGAGAAAGACGUGUACAGAUUGGGCGGGAAACUGUGCGUCGCUAAUCUGGCCAAAUGCCGCCCGCGCGUUCUAUCAGCGCGCUCCAAGAUGUAUCUGUGGAACGUUCUGACUGUGGCCGUGUUCUACACGCUGCCCGUCAUACAACUGGUCGUCACAUAUCAACGGCUCCUGAACCAGUCGGGCAACCAAGAUCUGUGCUAUUUCAACUUCCUGUGCGCGCAUCCACUGCUAGUGCUGUCUGACUUCAACCACGUGUAUUCUAACUUGGGAUACGUGCUACUUGGGAUCCUGUUUCUAGCUCAAGUCUGGCGAAGGCAGCGACGUUACAGGGCCCGAGGCGUUGUAGAGAAAGAGCUGGGUAUACCGCAGCACUUCGGUCUUCUGUACGCGAUGGGCGUAGCGCUGGUCAGCGAGGGACUACUAUCAGCCGCCUACCACGUGUGUCCUAACAGCAUGAACUUUCAAUUCGACACGUCAUUCAUGUACGUGACGUCAGUGCUAUGCAUGGUGAAGAUAUACCAGUCGCGGCACCCGGAUAUCAACGCGCGGGCGCACGCUACUUUUGGUGUGCUGGCGCUUAUUAUAUUCGUAGGUCUGGUGGGCGUGUUAAACGCUAACUUCUACUUCUGGAUCGCGUUCACGGCGCUGCACCUCGUCACGUGCCUCGUCAUGACCUUCCAGAUAUACUAUCUGGGAAGGUUCCGCUUGGACGGCGGCGUGGUGUGUCGCGCGGCGAGAGAACUUAUCACGCGUCCGCUCGCCGCCAUUACUCCCACACACUGCGGAAGAUGUGUAUUGCUGGUGAUAGCCAACCUGAGCAAUUGGGCCAUCGCUGCUUACGGCGUGUCACAACACAGCCGCGACUUCGCCUCGCACCUCCUCCUGGUGUUGAUGAGCAACUUGUUCCUCUACACUCUCUUCUACAUCGUCAUGAAGCUGCUGCAUCGAGAGACUAUACGGUGGUACAGCUGGGUGUACAUAGCGCUCACUUACUCGGUGUGGUUCGGAUCGAGCUACUUCUAUUUGGACCAGAGCACAAACUGGGCGCUAACGCCAGCACAAUCCCGUCAAAGCAACAGAGUUUGUUCGCUGCUACAACUGUACGAUUCGCACGACGCGUGGCAUUUCCUAUCGUCGGCGGCCAUGUUUUUUUCCUUCAACAUGUAUCUUACCAUAGACGAUAAUUUGGCUAGAGUGCCUAGGAGUAAUAUCAUGGUGUUUUAAUUUUACAAAUGUUUAAAUUCACAUGAGAAAAUCUACGAAACGAAUAACGUUUCGUUAUAAGAAUCUGACGCCCAUAUUCACAAACGAUGCUUGCUCAAGUGAAACAGCAAAUCGAACGCACAGCGUUGAAUAGAUAUGUGAUUGGUUCGUGUGUCACCCUGUGCGUCCACGCGCACUGUGAGACCUCAUAGUAAUAUUUGUGAAUACGGGCGUGAGUUCCGUGUUAGGGUUCGUUCCCACGGCAAUACAGUUUUACGGAUAAUGCAUUAUUGGAUUUAUUGGAUGACUCUCGUGUGAACACACUAGGUUUUUUGCGGGACACUGCAAACGGUAAUAUUAAAACACGUAUACUAAACGGAAUCCUGCAAAAAGGGAUGUCUUGGGAGCAAACCCUUUCCGAACGAAGCUCAAAGCUCAGACCUUGAAACUUGAAAGUAUAAAGUGCGGUCGCCGAGCAGAUAGAAUUUCGUCCAAUGACCCCAAGCUACC